AUGGCCGAGAACCAAGAUAGCGCCGCGCUCCUUAAUGGAAGCGCGAUGAAGCCAGACGCCUUUGACGGCACGAAAUCCAAGUACAUUGCUUGGAAGACCCAAAUGAAACUCUAUGUAGUUACGCAGAGGAAGCGACUACCAGAGCAAUUCGACAGAGUCCUUAUGAUUCUGUCGUACAUGAAAGGUGGACACGCGGGCGAAUAUGUCGCCACGUUCAUGAAGAAAUACGACGCAGACGAAAACUCCGUGAUACAGACUACCAAGACACUAUGGGAAGACCUAGACAGGCACUUCCUAAUCGAUGAACAAGCCAAAGCCUAUGACCGGUUACAGGCGAUGCAGAUGGGAGCGCUGUCAGCGCAGGAGUUCUUCUCAAAGUUUGAAUUAUGCGCCUUCCAGGCGAACAUUCAUGACUUUGAGGCACAUUUCCAGGAGUUAAAAUCGCUUCUAGAAAAGGCACUCAGGGCCGAUAUCAUUCGGCUUCUCAAUAUCGUCGGCGAAACCCACAGUCCCAGCGGCAAGGACAAUUCCAACCUCGGCAGCAGCAGACACAAGGUGCACCACGAGCACAGGCUAGCGUAG